AUGGAAAUGGAAUCCUGCAGCGUUACACUGCGCAAUGGCCAAACGACGCGCCUCGAGAACGUGUUCAUUCGUGGCAGCAAAAUUAGGUUCCUAGUCCUCCCUGAUAUGCUUAAGAACGCUCCAAUGUUUGCCAACAUGACGGCUGGCAACCGAGGCAGAGGGUCGGCAGGCAGUGGCAAGAGUGCCAUCCUGCGGGCUCAAGCUGCACGAGGUCGUGGCCGAGGUCGUGGUGGCGGCCGAGGCUGGGGCCCAGGUGGCCCCAUGAGGAGGUAGUCAGCCCAGCUGCUCGUAUCUAUGCUACAGGAUCUCAAGGUUUAUCCAUGCACCGAAUGCCCCAGACUUGAUUUAGUGUAUGGAUUCAAGUUCAAUAAAGUAAAAUCGCUGGGCUUAAAAUUUCCCAGACAGGAUUUAUGGUGAAUAAAGGAAACAAAUUUUGACAGUCGUUUCACGUUACAGGAAACUUGGUUUUUAUCGAGUAUUUUAGGUAGGUCAGUAUCAGUUAGCCGCUGAUCGUUUCCGCAUUGGAACCCCAUUCAGUAUCAUUCCUCUGAGAUGAAACGUAUGAAUAUUUUAAGUUUCUUCUAAUAUACAUUCACGAAAAUUGUUGA